AGGGCCGCUCUAGGCAGCCGACGGACGUGGAGGCGCUGAGGUUACGCCGUGAGGCGGGAAGCGAGGCUCCGCCCCCCGACGGGCACGCUCCUUCAUGAAUAUUCAGCAGGAGCGUCCCCGGCGACCAAUAGGCGCUGGGCGCGCUGUGAAUAUGGGAUGAGGCCGGAGCCGCGGCGCUUGUAAUGCGGGCCCGGCAGGCGGCGGGAAGCGGCGGCGGGAAGCGGGGCGCAAGAUGGCGACCGCCAUGUACCUGGAGCACUACCUGGACAGUAUCGAGAACCUGCCGUGUGAGCUGCAGAGGAACUUCCAGCUGAUGCGGGAGCUGGAUCAGAGGACGGAAGAUAAGAAAGCAGAAAUUGACAGUCUCGCCGCAGAAUACAUCGAAUCGGUGAAGAACAUGUUGCCCGAGGAGCGAGUGGAACACCUGAAGAAAAUCCAGAGCGCCUACAGCAAAUGCAAGGAGUACAGCGACGAUAAAGUGCAGCUGGCCAUGCAGACCUACGAGAUGGUGGACAAGCACAUCCGCCGGCUGGACGCCGACCUGGCGCGCUUCGAAGCGGAUCUGAAAGAUAAACUGGAAGGCAGCGACUUUGAAAACUCUGGAUCAAGAAGCCUGAAAAAGGGACGGAGUCAGAAGGACAAAAGAAGCUCCCGCGGCCGAGGCAGGCGAGCGUCUGAGGAAGAUACACCCAAGAAAAAGAAACUCAAAGGAGGGUCUGAGUUUGCUGACACCAUCCUGUCGGUGCAUCCCUCGGAUGUCCUGGACAUGCCGGUGGACCCCAACGAACCCACCUACUGCUUGUGUCACCAGGUGUCCUACGGAGAGAUGAUCGGCUGUGACAACCCAGACUGCCCCAUCGAGUGGUUCCACUUUGCCUGUGUGGACCUCACCACCAAGCCAAAAGGGAAGUGGUUUUGUCCUCGUUGUGUUCAGGAAAGAAAGAAAAAGAAGUAAGGAGUAGAGGGGAAUGUGUCCUCCGAGGCAAGAAGAAUUUAAUAUAUUCCUCCACUCAUGUUGCAAUAUUAUCUUUGAUUAUUUGUUUGUUUUUCUUUCUAACCUACCCUUCUUUUUCUGGUAUGAUAUUUAAUUAUCCACUGGCCAGUUGUUAUUCCCGUCCUGUCAUAAGAAAAUGACUUGGGGAGAGAGUCCCAAAUCCCUUUGCCACAGGGGUUUUAUUUGUGUCACGCUUGCCCAGCACUGAAAUCGCCGUUACGAUGAAGUGCCUGUGGUCUCCGCUAGUUCAUCGGAGUCUGUGAAGCCACGUUGCAGGAGAAGGAAAUACCCAUGUCUUCAUGGAAAUUGCUUAAUGUGGAGCUUGGUGUGGUAGGGAAGAAGGGGUUUUCUCCAGAGCAGCCUACACAGAAGACGUUGGCUCCAUAUUUAGGUGUGAAGUUGAUUAGUUGUGCCGUUUUUUAGCACAGAAAGGAACGGGAAAGCUGGUGACCUGUUCCCAGUGUCCGUUUCCUCGAAGCCAAGCGCUGACAGGGCAGGGAUGGGAUAGAGCUGUGAUCGCAUCUUUUCUUUUUGGGGAAUUUCUUCUGUCUACCUCCGCACUGCCUUUAUUUUACUUGAUCUUGCCCCCCCUACACACAAACCUGAACAGAAGCGAACUGUUUGACUUUACACCCGCUUCUAGAAAAGGCUGGUCUCUUUGGGGAGAAAACCUUUACAUAGCAAAGGAAUUGUCCUGCAGCAUUUACUCGUAACAGUUGAGAGCGCGUUACCUUUCCUGGCCGUUUCCAUUUCUCUGAAGAUCCUUUAAGUCCCUUACUGUGAAGAUGAAACCUACAGUAUUCUUAGAAGGUCGGAUUUAUUCAUAAAAUAAGAUGAAGGCCUGAUUUUUUUCUGACUCUUAUUUGCCUGCGUGGCACUUGGGAGAAGAGUUUUUAAGAGAAGGACUUGAGGACGUGUGGGGGGUUGAACAGCAUUUGCUGUUGAAGAAAGCCAUUGAGCAGCAAUGUUUGCAAACUACCCCUUGUCUCUUCUGGUUUUUAGAAUGGGGGUCCAUUUGCGUCUUGUUGAUCUCUUUAAGCUGCCUUUCAGGUUCUGAAUGUGAAUCCUUGCUGUCACCAUGUGAAUCCUUGCUGUCACCACAGGGGAAGGAAGAGAAGGAAAUCAGGAGUAGGAAAACACAAGUUUUUGUGUUUUUUCCUUCCUGUGAGUUAUAGAGGAGGCAGAAAUUGAGGGAAGAGUAGAGAUCACUCUUGUCUUCAUAUAUAUCCCCUGUAUUAUGGGGCUUAUCCCCCUACUAUAAAAGAUGUUUCGGGGAUAGGUGGUUUUGCUGGUGGAGAGGGAAAAUAAAACAGCCCCAAUGCAACUACCCAUGCAGCAGCAUGGUCCAGGGUCUGUGAAUUUGGCCUUUUGGAUAAAGAAGGAAAACAAAAAACGCUUCUAGUCAGAUUCUGGCACCUGUUUCCAAAAGAAAAAGACUUUUUUCCCCCGUUACACUGACCUCUCACUUGUGUUUUGUGAUUGAAGAAAGUAGAAGGCGGUUCUCGCCAAUUUUCCUUCCCUGCUCCGCUCUGUCGGGCUUUGCAGAUGCUGCAAGUCGGGACUGACAGAAGAAACCUCUCGAUACUGAGACAGCUUCCCUGUGGACAGUGUGAUUUAUUGCGUCUGCUGUGGGAAAAGCCCAGGUUUCUAGGGUCCUUCCAUUUAAAGCGCGAUGCUGCGCGUUGUGUAUGAAUUUCUGUAGGUGUCUCUGCGGGACAAUGCGCAUUUGUCGCUGUUGCCGUUGUGAUGGCACUGGGAAAGCACACAGACAAUGCAUCCUGGAGACUAGAGUUAAUGCCAUUUGGGUUUUAUUUUCAGAAAGGUGCUUCACUAGGAAGUAGCGUGAGGUACAACAUCCUCUUCUUUAUGACUUUAUGGUGUCGACAUCUGACAUCUCGUACCAGCAAUAAACCGUCCCACUGGGAAUGCACCAGCACGGGGCUCUGAGAGGCUCCUUGGCCGCUCAUGCCUGGCUUUAGAGAUAUUUCCUUUUGUUUUUUAAAACCCUUAUUGACAUGAAAUACCGUUAGGCCUUCAUUUUUGCCUAUGAAAGGAUUUUAAUCUUUCUCCUGAAUUUUGAAUGUACAGUGUUUAACUACGCUUUUCUGGAGAAGGGUGAAUGAGACUGUGAUACAUAAAGGAAUGUUCUGCUAAAGAUUGUCGAAACCCCCAAAUCCCCGCGGGGUUCAGCUUUAUCCCAGCUCAUCCAAACUGGAGGUGAAAUGCCUUUAACUCGAUCGUUCUAUUUUUUUAAAGGAAUUAGAUCCGUGUUCCCUUUGUAAAUGGAAAAUAAAUCUUUUUAUUAAAAGGAAUUUAAAGUUAAAAAAAAAAAAAGUAUAUCUGUAUUUUUGAAUCAUGUGAUAAUGGAUAUAUUGUUAUAAAUAAAGUAUUUUUGGGAACUUGA